AACCGGGACGAGAAUCGUUCGAGGAUGAGAUCGUACGACGGCGAGAGCAGCUCCACGGAGGACGACGACAGAAGAGAGGGCCUUCCCGAGGCGCAUCUGCAACAAGGAUCUUGGCAGCGGUCAGCCUCGCAUCCUACAUGGGCCUGGGAGCAUCGUGCCGCCCAUCCAUUGCCACCGCAAUCAGCAGCUUCGCUCGAGUCCAUGUAUUCAGUACCUGGAGCGUCUCACGCUAGUGUUUCCGCUCCUCCAGCUGGUUACUCGUCCGAGCACCCUCAGAGUGCACCUGGAAGGAGGACUCCCUUGGGUGCCGUCGGCCUCGGCGGUUUCUAUUUCCAGCAGCAGCCCCAACCGCACGCCUCAUCGAGUGCUCUUUCCGAUGAAAACAGACCAGACCAAGAAAGACCCGGUGCGUCGAGACUGAACUGCCCGCCAAAAUCGAAAACCACGCGCCAGGGGAAAAGCAUGCGGUUGAAUAUCAACGCCAGGGAACGCAGAAGAAUGCACGAUUUAAACGACGCGCUCGACGAACUUCGAUCUGUAAUUCCUUACGCACAUAGUCCGUCCGUGAGAAAAUUGUCCAAGAUUGCCACCCUGCUCCUGGCGAAGAAUUACAUUCUCAUGCAAGGAAACGCUUUGGAGGAGCUGAGAAGAGUGAUAGCGGUUUUGCAGUCGCCUCAUGCUCACACCACCGCUCUGCCACCUACACCUGUUUCCUACGAUUUGUUGCACGGAUUCCCAGGUAAAUUGUUCCAAGGUGUGCAGGAUAUGCCGGGAAUUCCGACGACCGACCCCCAAAGCGUCACAGCUGGUGGACCUCCGACUGAUGGCACCGUGGCCAGUGGAGAAUCGAAUUAA